ACACGCCCCCCAGGACAAGCUGUGUUCCCAAUGUCGACUGUCCUUCCUAGAGGCGGAUGACCGCAUCCUUGUGACAAGCUGCGGUCAAACCCUUCAUUUGACCUGCUUUGAGAUCGUAUGCGAAAUGAAUCAGAGGUGUCCCAGGCGUCAAUGUGGAGAAUCGCUCCCUGCGAAGAAUCGUCUCGAGCCGCUGUUCUCGACGUUCACAAUACGAAGCGGGCUGUCAACGGAACAGCAUGACAUACUCGUACCACGAGAAACUCUUCACCGUGCCGAGGAAUGCGCACAGUGUCGACUUGGAUUCUUGUCGGCGGACAAGAAGGUCGUCCUUACGUCCUGUGGCCAACGUUUUCACCCUACCUGCUUCGAGCUUCUAUGCAACUCCGAAAAGAAAUGCCCUCGCUGCCGACAGCGCUUAUCAAGAGAUAUCCUCGCCCGAGUUGCUGUCAUGACCGCCGGCGUAAGCAUCGUCGGAGGUGCGCUCCUUGCCCCGGUAUUGGCGCCAGCCGCGGUGGGUAUGGCGCGCGUCAGUGCCGCCGGUUCUGUCGCUGGGUCGUUGGCGGGCGGCAUCCAAUCCGGUUUGCAAAACGUCGCAUCGGGUUCCCUCCUCGCGACCUGUCAGAGAAUCGCCACAGGUGGGGCUUUGCCUGCCGCAUGGACGGCGGUGAGCGGGAAGCUACUGGGAGGCAGGGCUGUGUUGUGAUCAGAGAGAGAAGGUAGCAGGGAAGGUAGGACGAAGAAGUCCUUACCGUCCGAUAUCGAAGGUCUGAUAGACGUGUAGACGUUCAUCGCCUGCUUCCUUGUACCUUCCAAGAUAGCAACCGGUUAUCAACG